AUGGAGAUUAUCGAGUUAGCAGAAAAAAAGAAAGCCUUUGCACCGCCCGAAGAACGUUAUAGGAAUCCUCACAAGGAAGCCAUAAGAGUAAGACAAAUCCGUAUUAUAAUUCCAAAGCUCGAUUCGUACAGAAAGAGAUUUAAGAAAUUAUUGAGAAAUAUAUCGAUACAGUUAAAAGUGCUAUGGUCUGCUCAUAAGCCACUGAGCAAAAGAAAGGAACUGUUAGAGGCGAGGCACUUGUACAGGGAUGCGAGUAAUCUCUUGAAAACCGAUGCAAAAUUGGAGAUUAUCACUCGUUUAGUCAGCAAAGCGUUACUUUUCGACUGUCACUAUCAUCCACUUUACGCAUUGAAGGGAGACAUUUACAUGCGCAAAGGGAAUUGGAAAAACGCCAUUACGAGUUACGAGAGCGCAAAAUUGAUGGCCAUGCAGGAUGAGAACCUGAGUAGAAACGAUCAGAAAAUGAUGUACAACGAGCGACUGAUCGACGCUCACAAGGAAAGGGGAGAUUGGUAUUGGAAGAAUGAUCAUUUACUAGAGGCUUCGAACGAUUACGAGCACGUACUGCUCUUCAGAUUACCAGGGAUGAAUAUACCUUCAGUACAAGUACAUUUCUAAUCAUUAAUAGCCUUUGUUAAUUAUUGUCAGAAUUGCAUCACGUAUUAAAUGUUGACAGGAUAAAUUAUUAACAAUUCUCCGGAAGUUGGAUAAGUACGACGUGUUCCAUAAAUACUGGUACCAAUUCAUAAACGAUCACCUCGAACCUUCGAGGAUCUCUGCUCUGUUGACUAUGCACGCGGAUUAUAAAAUUUAUUUAAAAGAAAUGGGACUCGCUAGACACAUGCUUAUGAAAGCUCUCAAUCUCGAUAGGCAAAACGUGCUUGCACAG